CAGCUUUAUAAAAAUAUUUGUAUUAAAUCGUUUUCUGCACCAGUGUCCACAAGCAAUGUUCCCUCACUGGAAUUAAACGAAAGUCCAGAGAUAGCAAACAUCAAGACACUGAUAUCCAGUGCUACUAAUGAACUUGAUUUAGCAAGAAAGAAUGUUGAUGACCAUUUAUCAAAAGAAAAUGUAAACAAAGAUGUUGUGAAGGCAUUGCUACACAAGCAACUAGAAGCACACAACAGACUGCAGGAACUGAAUGACUUACUAACAAGUCUACUUCAGAAAGCAAUUAACCAGUUAACAUCAAAACAGACUCAGUGUGAAAAUAUUUGUACUUUUGAAGUAGAUCAAUUACAAAAAGAAAUUUCUGUAUUCUCUACAUUUUUGAACACAGAACUUAGUUCAAAAACAUUAACUGAAUGUGACCUCACUGGAUGUUUUUCCAAAUUGACUUCAGAUGUUAAAGAUAAUUGUCCACUUUUGUUUAAUGUGCUAUGUACUAUUUUUCUACACAAGAAAAAUGGGCGACCUGUCAGUGAGUAUCGUGUCAAGAGUGCAGUCCAUGCUUUAGCUAUUUUGGUGAGCUUGAGAAAUCAAAAACUUACCAACGAUUUUAGGCUCAUGUUUACAUAUCUUUGCAUAUCAUUUGGAGCAGGGCUCAGAUUUGUCACCAUGAUGAAUCAUCUAGGCUUAACGGUGAGCUGGGAGAAGGCCAUGAAAUUCUUUGACGAGCAGCAAAAGAAACGAGAGAAAGAUAUUGCCCAGUUAUCCCCAGUGAAUGUUCCAGUCAUUUUGAUGAUUGACAAUAUAAACAUCUACCGCGGGAAGAGGAAACAUUUGCGUCUUUUCAAAAGUGCUGGUCCAACAAUGUGGAACUUUACUGGUCAAGCAUUGUUAAUACCAAAUGUAGAUGGAAUGGAUGAAGUACUCAAUGAUAAGGAAUCUUGCAUAACACCACAAGGUUCAGCGACGGACAUGAAGCCAGACGAUAUUUUUUUAGAGAGUGACGACGAGAAGGCAAAACUAUUUAAUGCAUUUGUUGACAAGUACUUAGUGGAACUUUUAGAUAUUGCUUUGAACAAACUGCCAUUCACUGUGCAUCAGUUUAAGGAAAUGACUGAGAAGCAGAUAGAUGCAUAUAUAGCCACUGCCUCUAAUUUCGAGAGCACUGAAAAGUAUACGCUAGAUAUACCAGUAGAAAAGGAUCUCCUACCGAAUGCAUCCCACAGUUCGAAGAGCAAUGUACACAUAUUGCCACUGUCGUUGGAAGAUAAUAGCACAAUCUUUGGAACAAUGAGUAUUUUGGACAAGCUGUCAAAGGAUUUCAGUUUGCCAGAAGGGGGAAAAAAUGCAGAAUGUGUACCGUUCAACUGCGUUGCUGGUAAUUUUGAUGUUAUUUCUUCAAGGGCGCAUUUCGAGCUACUACUUAGCCAAAAGAGUCACGAGCAGAAUAUGAAGCGGACCGAAAGUCAAAUGCGAUCGACAAGGAAAACCUUCGACGGACUUACAGAAGACGAUUCGCAGGAUGACUUUUCGUUUGCUUCUGAUGAAGAAGACGCUCCAGGUAUUCGUACUUCUACAAAAGAGACCGUUACUCUUGAACGAGAAAGGAAUCGCUUUCAGAAUGAAGACAAACCAUUCUGGGAAGCGUAUAAUGGUUUAAUGCAUGAAAUGAUGAGCGCUAACACUGCAAAUUCUGAAGAGACUUACAUGAUGUCUAUUUCGAGCCUUGAAAACAGAGCAUUAACAACAGUCAAAGACCAUUUGAAACGGAGUCUCUUACAUGUAGCUGUUGAACAAGGUCAUCAGAACUUUGUAAAGUAUCUUGUGGAACUUGGUAUGGAUGUAAACUGCCGAGAGGGAUGUGGUUUGACGCCCCUAAGCCUUGCUGUUCAUGGGAAAAACGGUAAUAUAUGCAAGUAUUUAGUUGAAUCAGGAGCAAAAUAUUCUGGACCGUUAUUUACAAGUGUUCCGUCACCACUCAGCAUGGCUAAAGAAUUGAAUCUUGAGGACAUUCAACAAAUAUUUGAAUACGACCAGGUAUUGUCAGACGAAGAGGAUGAUUUCAUUCGUUCAAUCGAUGCAACAUUUCAGGAGAGUUUAACCGCAAAUGAACAUCCUAAAAGAACUGUCCAGCAUUUCAACCGAACUGUCCCCGGAUUUAUAACGCCUAUCGUAGGAGACGUUGGAACGUGUAAAACAAAUAGCGCGGUUAUGUCCAGGUCGAGGUCGUAUCAGUGGGUUGGUCUAUGUCCUGGUGACCUUCACAACAAAGGCUACUUUUGCGAAAUGGUAUAUAAGGUGCAUGGUUCAUCGGGUUUUCACUAUUUGUUAUCAGAAGUUCUUAAGCGAAAAAGACUUACACGCGAAGUUUUUAAAAAGAAAAAAUUUCAAGAAAAUAAUCUAGUAAAAGUUAGAGAAGGUAUCAACGAUGCGUGUAGAGCAUACGGUAUUGCGGCAGCUCUUCAGUUUACGGGAAGUAACGAGUUUCCUUCAAAAGAACAACUACGUAAUACGGGCAGCACAACCACUACGCUGUUAUCCAAAUUUAAAGAGUGGCUAUCAAAAUCAUGUGAAAAUGAUGUUGCUUUUAAACACAGAGCUACUUCAUUUCUGCUGUAUGGUCCCCUCCAGCAAAUGUAUGACGCGGCAACAGCUAAUGGAGAUGGUUAUGCGCGCGAGGCUGUAUAUCAAGCUCAGGCUCCCAUGUACGCUCAACUAGGUUUCCGUAACUAUUACACCGAAGUUUUCCGGCACAUUGUUAAUUUCUUAGUAAAGUGGCCAGCUGCGACAAGAAUUUUGCUGCAGAAGAAUUGUUGUGUCAACCUUCUUGGGAAACCUGGUAAUGGAAUAGAGCUCGACGCUUACGUGGAAUCCGAAUUAGUACAGCCAUUGAAGAAUUACGUGUCUAAUCACACAACAGUUCAUAUGUGCGAGCGGCUAAUGGCCAACCUGAAUAUGUUUGAAAUACAUAAGAAGGGCAUACAUGGAGAAAGAGGGAUUUGA